AUGACCAGUUAUGUUACUGUUCGCUUUCUUGCUGCUCUCCUUACCAUAACUGUCUUUUUCAAUAUUGAAAUUACAACAGCAACAGUGGAUAUGAAAUUUGAUCCUAAUCUCAAGUUGAAUACAUACAUAUUUCCUCGUUUCCGCAAAAGUAAAGAUUGGGUUGAAGACGAAAAUUGCGGAGUUCAUAAAGUUGAACAAAUACAUUUAGUUAUGGAUCGUGUUUGUGAGAUGUGCCAUGAGAUGUUUUCACAUGAGAUGAACAGCUUACGUGCUCAAUGCAGAAGCAAUUGUUUUGACAACAACUUAUUUCGCAAUUGCCUUAAACUAUUCUCUGAGACAAAGAAGAGUGCAUCACCAUCAGAACGUCGCAUUCCCGAUGAGCCCAUUAUGACCUUAGCUAACUUCUAA